GUUAUUAUUUUGAACAUUGAAAUGAUUGAAUCGGAAGUUGAUUAUGAAACCAUAGGUAAUCCAGUUAAUCCUUAUUACAGUUCAAUGGGAUUAAAAUCGAUUCCCUUAGAUGAAGCACUUAAAUUAAAUGAUAAAACUCGAUAUCGACAUGCAGCUCAUUGUUUACUCUAUUGUAAGAUAAUUGACCAUUCGGGUUAUUUUGGUUUGGGUCAAGUUCGAUUCGAUGGACUGAUCGGUUUUCCUGGUGGAGUAGUUGGAGAAAAUGAUGAACCUUUAUCGACUUUGGAUCAUCUGUUGAUCGGCUUACGACGAGAAUUAGCCGAAGAGAUUAAUUAUAUUUCUCAUGAAGAUAAUUCUGGUUUCGUUCAUGUUUCCAGUUACCUGAGGGAAGAUAUUAAUCUUAAUUCUGAGACAAACUCUUCAUGUAAUGUUCACCAUUUUUUCAUGAAACAAAUCACUCACCUUGAAUUCAUUAAUUGUGAACUUAAUCACACUCGAUCGAUUCAUUUUCCCCUGGAAUCAGUUGGUAUUUUCAGAAUUCCAUUAAUAGAUCCUAAUUUUAUCGAUGCACAAUCAGAUUAUCGUUUCUAUUCAAUUAGAGGUACUUUCCUAAUCAAUUUCUUAUCCCACAAAUUUGCAGGGACAGCCAAAGGUCAACUUUUCGAUUCACUUGUUCGCCUUAAUUGUAUGAGUCCAAAUUAUUUAGCUAAAUUGAAAGAAAUGUUGAAUUAAACCAAUCAAAACAAUUAACGAAAACACCAACAAUUAUCCAAGUAAAAAGGAUCCAUGUUUCCAUCCCCAGUUAAAAAAAAUCACUCUUCAGCAAUCAAAUACUAUAUGAUGAUUGGAU